AUGGAUGGCCAAUUGAACGCCGAUCAACGCUUCAGUCCUGAAGCUGAUUUGACCAUGGCUGAUGCCAUCCCCAUGACCGGCACUGCCAUGGGAGGAGUCCAGCCGGACUCCAACUUUGAUGCCUCCUUCGACCUGGCCUCCUUCGCCCCGGUCCCAUCCGGCCCCUUCUACCCGGCCGACCAGAGCAACCUGAUGAGGCCAUGGCAGAGCUUCCUCACUGCUCAGCCCUUGUUUGCCGCCGGCCAGGACUGGGCCGGCCCACAGAACUUUAUGGGAAGCCACCAGCAAGGCUUCCAGCAGCCCGGCUUUCCCAUUAUCCAGGGCCAGGGCUUUCCCAGUGGCCAGCCCUAUUGCAACGGCCUCGGCGCCAUGGGAAGCCAGGGCUUUGCCUUUGGCCAGGGCCAGGGCUUCCCCACUGGCCAGCCCUAUGGCGCCAUGGGAAGCCAGCAGCUGCCUGGAUUCAACCCUAACCAGCCAUGGACCUCGCCGUCCCAGGAAAGCAUGGCUUUUGCUGCUGGCCCUGCGCCGUCCCCCGUCCCGGCCGUCCGCGCCCCUGCCGCGAUUGGUGCGCCUGUUGUUGGCGGGAACCUUGUCCCCUGGGCCUACACCCAGGCGGAUCGGGACCGUUUCGCCGCCCAGAAGCGUGGAUCUCGCCCCAUUCCCGUCCUACAGGGCCUGCGCGAGGAGCUGGUCGCGCUGUCUACACACCGCCACGAAAUGGUGCUGGCGCACUUCCGGCCGUUGCUGGAAGGCCCCCCGUCGGAGCACGCGAGGCAGCAGAUGGACAGGGCUUACGAGUACCUGAGGCAGAAUUUUGACUUGCUGGGUUCCGGGCUAGUGAGUGAGAUGGCCCGGAGGAGGGAUGCAGAUCAGCGGAAGGCAAACAAGGAGAAGAGGGCGGCGGAGGCAGAGGCCGCGGCGGAGGAGGAGCCUCAGGCUGCUGCCGCUGCCGAGGCCGCUGCUACUGCUGAAGCUGCUGGCGAUUCGGGAGCCAGGCUAAUCAUCGUUGCCUCGCCCGAGCCCGAUGUCACUCCCCCUCCUGCCCCUGCCUUCUUUGAUCCUCUCGCCCCUGCCUUUUUUGAUCUUCUCGCCACUGCCUCUGUGGCGACUACAGCCACUCCCCUGGCUGAGGCUGCCCAGCUUGAUAUGGGCAGUCCCUUGUUCUCCGAGCCUCCUACCCCUACCGAGGACGCCGUACCUAUGGACAUAGGUAGUCCCUUAACUACUUUCCCCCCCACCCCUACCGGGGACGUGGCAGCUAUGGCCACUCCUCUUACCGAGGCUGCCCAGCCUAUUAUGGGUAGUCCCUUGUUCACCCCCCCUCCCCCCGAGGACAUGGCAUCGAUGGCCACUCCUGGCUCGCCUACCCGCAGUGAGGAGCAGCAGGGUGAUGUCCUCAUAAUGGAGUCCAUUGCCGACGCGAACCUCGCUGCGGCUCUGGAGGCGGCGAUGGCGGAGAUGGACCCUGACCAGGAAGAGGUGUACAGCCGUUGGGAUGAGCAGCUUCUUCAGUUUCCUGUCCCGAAGUAG